AUUUUAGUACUUCCUGAAUUUACCAUGUUUUCAGUUCUGGUAAUGCAAUUCCGCGGGUUUGAAUUCUUCUGAAUCUACUGCACUGCAAGCUACAAUAAGUAAUUUUUUCUUUGCAGAUGGUGAAACCCUUUAUAGAGCCUAAGACGUACAAGAAAGUGAAGUUUGUAUAUUCUAAUGACCUGGAAAGCCGAAAGUUAAUUGAGGACCUUUUUGAUAAGGACAAGCUCGAAUCUGCAUUUGGAGGACGAAACACAGUUGGGUUUGACUACAAAGAAUACAGCGAGUGGAUGAGAGAGGACGACAGGAAGAUGUCUGAUUUCAUUAACUCAGGAUAUUCGAACCCAUCAGUAUUAUCUGAUUUCCCAGAGUCAGAGUCAUCAGUUUCAGUACGUGGUUCAGAUGAAGAAGUCUCUUCUGAAGAUGAUGGAAUUGAUCCAGAGGGUAGUGAUGAUCUGACAGAUGAGAAGAUACCAGACCACCUUGGCUGCAAAGAUGGUGCUAAUGUUUUAACAGAGGCUCAAGAAAAGGUGAUGCAAAUGAGUAAGUCAGCUUAAACUUGAGAAACAUGGGUAAUAGGGCAGACCAAUUACCAUCCCAAAUCUCUUUCAGAAGGAAUUGUGCUUCAAUUUUGUCACUAUAAAUUUGGAUUUGUUUUACUUUGAUUAGCUUGAUUCAAGAUCACUGGUUUGCUUCGAUUAUAUCAUCAUUGGGUGUAGUUGUAACUCUUGUUGGGAAAUAAUUCCCUAUCUUUCUUUGAUUUAGUGGAAAGUAAAUUUUACUGAACA